AUGCUUGUUUCUGUAUGUCGUAUUCUAUUUGCAGCGUCUAAGGUGGAUCCCUUGCAUCUUGAAUACUUUAACUUCUCUGGCAGAGUGAUUGCCCUAGCCUUGAUGCAUAAGGUGCAAGUUGGUAUUGUCUUUGAUCGUGUUUUUUUCUUGCAAUUGGCUGGAAUGAAAGUUUCUUUGGAAGAUAUACGGGAUGCAGAUCCAUACUUGUACAGUAGUUGCAAGCAAAUAUUGGAGAUGGAUCCUGAGACAGUAGAUCAUGAUGCUCUAGGUUUAACAUUUGUUCGAGAAGUUGAAGAGCUAGGAUCCAGGAACAUUGUGGAGCUUCGCCCUGAUGGGAGAAAAACUGUUGUGAAUAGUGAAAAUAGGAAGGAGUAUGUUGAUCUUCUUAUUCAGCAUCAUUUUGUCACAUCUAUUGCUGAGCAGAUAGCUCAUUUUGCUCAAGGAUUUGCGGAUAUUAUUAGUAGCUCAAGGCUCCAGAAGUUCUUUUUCCAAAGCUUGGAGCUCGAGGAUCUUGAUUGGAUUCUGCAUGGAAGUGAAAGUGCUAUUUCCGUCGAAGAUUGGAAGGCACAUACAGAAUACAAUGGCUAUAAAGAAACUGAUCCGCAGAUAUUCUGGUUCUGGAAGAUCGUUGGAGGAAUGUCAGCAGAGCAGAGAAAGGUUCUCCUGUUCUUUUGGACCUCGGUGAAGUAUUUACCAAUAGAGGGCUUUGGUGGUUUGGCUUCUCGGCUUUACAUCUACAGGUCCUCAGAGUCCUAUGAUCGACUGCCUUCCUCACACACAUGCUUCUACCGGCUAUGCUUUCCAUCAUAUCCAUCGCAGUCGGUUAUGCAAGAUCGUCUUGGCAUUAUAACUCAAGAGCAUGUUGGUUGCAGCUUUGGUACCUGGUGA